GUCUGCUUUUCACCUUACUCUUUAAUCUGCAGACACUAUCAAUGCUGCAUUUAACUCGCACUCUCGUAUAAAUAAAUAAAAAAGAGACCAAAGCUAAGUACUGAGCAAUGUGAGAAGUGAUGAAGAUGAAAUUUCCUUCCAUCUGCAACAAAUCGAGAACCAAAGGGAUGUCAUGGAAACUGUCGCUUUUCUAUAACUUGAAAGCCAUUCCAUUCGUAAACAAGCCUAAAAGGUUGAAGCAUUCCACUUCUGUUUUAUCAGACAGCACUGCCAAGUUUAUUUCAGCCUUGGAUUGCACUUGGUCUCAGUCAAGACAUUGUUUCACAGUGCCCAAAGAUUCUGAAGAACUGUUGGAUAUGGCUAUCGAGGCACUGCGGUCCAACAGGCUGUUCUUCGAACCGGGUGACACUGGUUCCAUUCUAGAGGCAGCCAGGUUCCCAUUCAAGGGUUGUGUGGCAUUGGCCAUGGAAACAGUGGAUCCAUACAUGGAUUUUCGAGUUUCAAUGGAAGAGAUAGUGGAGGCAUGUGAACUCAAGGAACAGAAACAUCUAGAGGAGUUAUUGGCAUGGUACUUGAAGAUGAAUAGAAAGAAGAACCAUGGGUUUAUAGUGGGAGCUUUCAUCGACAUGUUUGCUACUAUAAAUUCAUGUUCCUCUUCUUGUUUUAUCUCUGUUUCUUCUUCAGCUUCAGCAGCUUCCAGGACAAUUAUCUGAAAGCAUCAGAUCCCUUGAGCUAAGAUAGGAAUAUUAUGUAUUACCCUGUUUCCUUUUUUUCUUUCUAUUUUUACCAAUAGUUUGUUGGCAUAUAUUACGAAGUUGAUGAACUGGUAUAAUGAAUUAUGAGUUCAACUUAUCUGUAUUAUUAUCAAUAUAAGAAAAACUUAAAUUUAAGUCCUCUAAAA